GUGACAUUACCGAGGCGGGGGCACUUUCGUCACCACAAGAGCAGUUGGUUGCAGAAAAAGAGAGAGCGUGAGACCGGUGGUGAAGGAGAAAGAGUGAGAGUUUGAGUGAGAGAGAUUUCCGUGAAAUGGCGAGAAGACCGGAUGAAGAGUACGAUUAUUUGUUCAAAGUUGUGCUGAUCGGAGAUUCAGGAGUAGGCAAAUCUAACCUGCUCUCCCGAUUCACCAGAAACGAGUUCUGUCUAGAGUCCAAGUCAACCAUCGGCGUUGAAUUCGCCACUCGUACUCUUGAGGUUGAGGGAAGGACGGUGAAGGCUCAGAUAUGGGACACUGCCGGACAGGAGAGAUAUCGUGCCAUAACUAGCGCAUACUAUAGGGGUGCACUUGGGGCUCUAUUAGUGUAUGACGUGACAAAACCAACAACCUUUGAAAACGUGAGCCGUUGGUUGAAGGAACUCAGAGAUCACGCAGACUCAAACAUUGUGAUCACGUUGAUUGGGAAUAAGGCCGAUCUAGCCCAUCUCCGUGCAGUAACUACAGAGGAUUCUCAAAGCUAUGCCGAAAAAGAAGGUCUCUCUUUCAUUGAAACGUCUGCUUUGGAGGCAACUAAUGUAGAGAAGGCAUUCCACACCAUUCUUUCAGAAAUCUAUCGGACUAUUAGUAAGAAGUCACUUUCUUCAGAGGAGCCAGCAAUUGGGGUUAGUAUUAAAGGAGGGAAGACUCUCGAUGUUAGUGCCCAAGAUUCUAACACCAAAAAACCUUGCUGCUCUACAGUUUGAUAAUUGUCAUUGGUCGCUCCUUUUCUCCCAUUCACACUGAUGGCUUGAUCUCUUAUGGGUUUUUACUAUUUCUGCUGUAUUAUUAAUAUUAUUCUAUUAUUAUUAUAUCAUAUUGCUAUCUUUGUUAAGUUUUUUUCUUUUUGAGUUGAGUGCUAUUUGAGGCUUUAUUAUAUCCGAUAUAUUUUGUGGCAUGUGUAUUUGUACUUGCAGGCUUUGCAGCUACCUGACUACUUAUUUUAUCUUCACAAAGUAGGAUAUAAAUUAAGAAGGAUAAUGUGCUGGCACUGCUGGAUACAGAUGACGUGAGAUUAAGAAUAUUGAAAGAAGAUAUAAAUUAUUGAGCGUAUGAUGGGAAAAUAAUGAAAUAAUGUGCUGGAAUGAAGGAUAAAUAAAAAAAAGUACGGAGUAGUUGUAAACUUGUAAUAGGGAUAAGAAUGACCAGGUAUAUGUACAUCUGCAUACGUACUAUAUUUACUACACUUUACGUACUAACGUACAUGUACAUUAAAUAAAAAAUAAUGUGACCAGGUUAAUUAUGUGCUUAUAGCUUUAUAGUGGAUUUGAAACUUUAUCCACCCCCACAAGGAAAUGUACAUAGAUUUACAAGAGAGAAUGUGGUCAGUGAUGCCUCAUGGAAAAUGUUGCAUCAACAAUGUAGAU